AUGGUGCUACAGUCUCAAAUGCCAGACACCGCCCAUGUCGGUACAACAGCCCCAUUACGCCACUUUAGCCGUAUGAACGAUAGCGUGGCUUCGUUCGCUUCGAGUAGCAACGAUAGGUACGGUAUGGAGGAGACGUAUGGCCCUCGUGGUGACAACACAUACCACAGUCAGAGCAGCUCGUCUCGUUGGCAUCAACACUGUCACUACGCCUCUCCUGACUCAACACAGCGUCCUUCGACAUCCCGACUAGGCGAGUCUAGCGAUUUCGAAGAUGGUCGACCUUCCAUCUAUGCUAGUCGAAAGGCUCCGGCGAGCAAGAAGGAACCGAUCUCGCAUGAUUCGAGCUUCGCUCACGAAGUCGCCUCCUCUCCGAGUUCGUCCGGCAGUGGACUCGGCACACUCCGAGGCUUAAGGCGACGACUGUUCAAUCGAUCUAGCUCGCAUCUCAAGCCGGCUAGCUUUCUAUCAUCACGCUCACAUUCGGCGUCCUCCGAUAGCGUCGACGCUCACUCACCUCCGGAUACCCCCUCAACCCCGCCACUCGUUCAGCCCGUCUCGCUUCCCAACGGUCAAAAGGACUUCUUCGCCACGCUUUCCAGCCUCCCUUCCGGCGUCGUUAUGCCGGCCGAACAGAAGCCGGACGUCGGCACUUCCGGUGACAGCGCCGCAUGCAUCAGUCCGCAGACACCGCGAGGCGAUUUCGCCAACAAUCCGAGCCCCCGAGCAGAUGACACCUUCGACACUAGCUCAAGAAGCGGACUGAGCCUCAUCGGAUCGUCAAACCAGCAAAGCGUCCUUCUGUCGCCAUCCGUGACAGUCGCCUCACUUGCUCCGCCAGCUGCAACACACCGAGAGAUCUCUGCAGUGAUCAAGGAGGACGGUGAUUCUGACUUUCUGCGAGCUGUCCUCGACUAUAGCGGCGACCAAAACGUCUUGCUUUCGGAAUCGUCUUUUAUAGGAGGAAGAGCGGACCCGUCGUCCACUACUUCGAGCCCAGCGGGACAUACCUCACACUUCGCUUCGAGUUCGCCUAACUUGAGAUCGCCAUCAACCGCUCGAUUUCCACUGCUGCGAGCAACAGACGGUCGUAAAAUUUUGACACAAGAGGCGGCGAAAGAAUAUGCCGAGAGAUCCCAGUCGCGGACCUACGCUGCAGUCCAGCGAAAGUACCGUAAAGGCUUGUUCAGCAAUGACUCGGACUCAGAAGACGAAUAUGGCGACGACGAUGCCAAAUGUGCCGAUGACAAGUCUGAGGUCGAGCCGGCCCACAGCACUCCUGUCGCAGUUCAGUAUUCGGAUGAGACCAAAGCGUCUUCUCCAUCUCCUCUUUCCGGUGCAGUUGCAAAGGCAGGAGCGUCCUCGUCCAGCAAAGAGCUCCUCACUGCAUCGUCUCGAUCACCCGGACUCGACUCAGCUGCGAAGAGAGCGCUCUACAACUGCACAUUGCUCAAAGUGCACGUUCAUCUUGCAUCAGCUCUAGCUGGCGAUGCCGAGGCACAACCUCUCGUUCCUGUCAUUGCAGCCGGCGAGAGCAUGUACAGCAACGACGAUCUUAGCUUUCCUCGCUCGAUCAAUGCUAUCUCAAAGCUUCGCCAGCAUUCGAGCACCAAUAGCUACUCGAGGAACUUGCGCAUUGCGCUCGCCAGGACCGAGGUCAUGCGCAAGCUGCGUCGCGAAAAGCUCGCAAUCGCCGAGGAGGUCGAGAUCUCGUGGUUCCAGCGUCGAUACGGCAGUAGCAGCAUUCCAACGGAGCAAGUUGCAAAGGCCCUACACAAGGCGCAGACGGUCAGCCCUGAAGCGCUUGCGACUCCGCCUAUUGCUGCACCGCAGCUGCCAGAGGACUCGUCGGCCCCCUGCGAUACGACCAGUCGAAGACUCAGCGGCAUGUUUGGGAUGCACCCUGGACAGAAGAGCGAUAGGAAUGGUAUCGUAGCUUGGGCCCACAGACCCAGCUUCCUCGACAGGAGGGUGAUCUCUUUGCCUGCGGAUAACGUUGCACCAGGAGAGGUGCUCUUGUCCGGCGCCUUCAAGCUGGGCUCUCAGCCAGAGACAAGAACGUCAGUCUCGCCAGCACUCGGGCUCUCCUUCUCGCCGAGGAUCCGUAUCCUUGCUGGCCUUCCCUCGACACAGGAGGAGUUGAGGUCGAGAGUCACAGCGCAUAUCCGAUCACGGAGAAUCAAGUCAAAGCGCAUCUCAGGACUAUUCUCGGCCAGCGAAAGUGACGUCUGCGAAAAUCUGGAUCGACACGCAUUGUCACCACCUCACUCGCCCGGUGACUCUACACAUGCUUCGCCGUCGAACAAGCAAAAGAGACUCGCGCCCUGGCUCGCACCCCGAAGUCCUCAGCUGCUCUCGCCCGCAUUCUCGUCACAGUCGCGACCAGCACGUUCCGCGUCAGAAGGUCCUGCCGCGUUUAGCACAAUGCACCAGAAUGGCAGCGCCUCGUCGAUGCCAGAGGCAAUCGAGCUCAAGGAGCAAGACAGCAAGAACAGCAGCGAGAAUUUUGCAUCGGGGCAGCAGCAAGCUCUACGAGCUCAGAAGACCAUCGAAGAAGACAGGGUUAGGAAACUCGAGAACGAGAUCGCGUUCCUUCGCCAGAGGGAGAUGCUUCGAGAAAAGGAGGACCAAGACAGGAAAGCAAGAGAAGAGGAAGCAAGGCGUAUCGAGGCACAGCGACUUCAUCAGAAGCGAUCAGCAGCGUUGCAGGCGCAGUCUUGGGAGGACAACAAAAGAGCGUUGCAGGAGUCGAGGGAGAGACGUAGCUUCACGCGGAAGUCGGUGUUGCUGGCGGAGCCCAACUACGGAGCUGGCAACCCACUGUUGGGACACAACAGACCCGAGCCAGGCAGCUCACCAAGCUCGCCGAGUCUCGAACAGGGACCUUGGUCGAAGGCGGAUCAUCGGAAUGCAGCCUUUCUGCAAACGGACCCAAUGGCUUCAAAGUCGAAUAGGAACCUGUACGCACAGCCAGAGGGGCAGCGAAGAUCGAGGACGUCUGUCGCGCAGGGACAACAUCUUCCGCCAGCAAAUAGCCCUUGUCUACCAAUAUUACCGACGGCGGCCUCGACGCGAGUCGAAGAGCGGAGGAGCACGUCGAUGGCCAGCCUUGCUGCACCCGCACAGCCAACGCUGCGCCACCAUCGGAGCCUGGCAGCCUUGUCAAUGACGCCACAGGUCGCGCAGCGACGGGUAUCGCACAAGCCUGCUGCCGGCCAGCUGAGUGCCUCUACAUCGACUCAGCAACUUGCACCACCCCAGUCGGGGACGCACCAGAGUUCGUCGAAGCUUCACAUCCCCGUUUCGCCCACCAUGCUGUCCACGAGCCCGACCGCCGCGCUCAUGCACAGCCCGCUCCAGCAGCCGUAUGUGGACCCACGUCUCUCCAUGAGCAUGACCAAUCUCCAUGCUCAGGCGUAUCUGCAAGCCCAGCAGCGGGCCUACUUGUUGCCGCCGACGCUUGCUCAGACGGCGAGAGUCGGUUCGCGGUCCCGACCCCGAAUGCCACCACUUGUGUCGCUGUAUGGCGGUGUCGUGCCCAGUAGCGCACAGCUCCAGCGCUGA